GCUACCGUGGACCCCAUCUCUCAGUGACUAAGGUCCAUGAACGUUUGGCCCAGCAGUUUGUACUGAACCUGUAGGUGACAUAGUGACAUCUCAUCAAAGCUUUGCAACCACCCCUGCAUUCUCAUGAGAACACAUCGACACACGCUCUCGUUAACAUCCAGGAGAAGUGAGCUGCUUCACCUCGGAAGCUCAGACGCUCUCAAAGAAUGCAGCAUUAUGGUUGAGAAGGGGUGUGAGAGCUGCAGGGAGUGGCAGGAGCGCUGCUACUGGGAGCACAUGGAUGUGACCAAGAUCCGCUUCUUCAAGCUCAUGACCGGAGAUUUCGCCCGGGGCAUAAGCAUACCAGCGAAGUUUGUAAAGAACUUCAAUAGGCAGAUCACCAAAGGGCUUGACCUGAAAGUGGCCAGUGGUGAAAUAUGGUACUUCAGUGUGGAGAAGCGUGACGAUGAGCUGCUCCUCACGUCAGGAUGGGAGGAUUUUGUCAAGGCUCAUGCACUAAAGGAGAAGGACCUCCUUAUCUUCACAUGGAGAGGAAACUCUUCCUUUGAGAUCUUGAUUUUUGAAGCGAAUGGAUGCGAGAAACUGUCUUCCCUCUUUGCCAACAGAAUUGGUCCUAAUUUGCGCAAACAUUUGAAUGAUACAGCGGGGCAACACGCUGAACCAUACACUCUAACUGAUUACGAAGAGGCUAGCAUGGCGCUACAGCUGGUUGGCUCCACACACAUGGCUUCUAAUUCAAAGAAAUAUCACUGCAAGGCUAAACCAAGAAAAGAGCCUCAAUCCCCAAACAGCAGCAGUUAUCAUGUGAAACAUGAAGCGAUUGAGGAAGAGGAGAGUGAUGACAUGUAUGCCAACUCCAAGUUCUACUACUCAAGGAUGGCCAAUCAGCUUACAGAGGAGGAAAAGGAGAACAUUCUCAGUUUGGCUUCCAUCCAACAAGAAAAUCCUGCAUUUGUGGCUGUUCUGAAGAAGAGCCAUCGUCAGCGCAGGAACAACUUUCUGACCAUCCCCAGUAGAUUUGCUGCUGAUCAUCUACAGGAAAGAACACAAGAUAUCAUACUUUGUAGGCCAAGCAGAAAGGACGAGUGGUCUGUCAGAUACUAUCACAUGACCUACAACCGGGGCUUCCAAGGCCUGCGGUUUUUCAGGUUUGUGCAUGAAAAUAAGCUUCGCGAGGGAGAUUCCUGCGUCUUCGAGCUGAUGAAAGGGGCAAAGAGGGUGACAAUGAGGGUCCAUGUCAUCAGGAAGGUUGGCGACCGGCUUGUUCUGGUAGGCUGAAGUUCUUGUUCUUUCUACUGUACUAUAUGUCUAUAUACCCCCCUAGGAGUUGGCAUGUAGGUGGGACUUGUACAGGUCUGGUUUCUGAAGCAUGUACUACGUAGGAGUAGCACCUGGAAACUGAAACUGGCAGUGCCUAGAGUGACUCCUUGCAUGAAAUUCAGGUGCACUUUUGUUUCUUGUAAGGUAAGCAGUUUGGCCGUGUGGGUACUAGAACAAGGCUUGACCUAUGAAUGUGAAUGUUUAUCUAAGGAAAAUGGCACCCGAAGAUGGUGCCCUGUGCUUUCA